AUGGCCCACGCCCCGUUGAUUCGAAAUAACACAACUCCGGUCUUUCACUCAACCUCUAACGGAUUCGGUGGUUUCCCGCAACCCAGUAUGAACCAUGCGCCGCGCGCCAGCCAACUCUCAGGCUCGACAGCCUUUGCUGGCUCGUCGGCUUCGUUGAGUUCCCUUGGAAGCGCUGCUACCGCCACACCACAGAAUGGCGGCCCUGUGCUUGCCACGGCCAACAUCAUUAAUCAGAAGGCCGAUGCCUCGCGGUCGCUCUACCAGAUCUGCAUCUCUCUCAAGCAGCGUCUGGCCCAAGUGCCUGGCUUCGACCCUUAUCUUGACCAGCUCGACCCCGCGGACCCUGUCGAUCCACUAUGGAAUCUCUUUCGUACCGGAUAUCCUCUCCUCCUAAUCUACAAUGCCCUGCGACCUAACGAGGACCUCAAGGUCGAGGACGCUAGCGCUAAUGAAGCUAAGAAGUCCAAGAUCGCCAUCUUCAAAUUCGUUCAGGCCUGCAUGAAGGACCUGGAGAUCCCCUCAUCCCAUAGCUUUGUGAUAGCCGACUUGAUGGGUAACGACACUAGUGGCUUCGUCAAGGUGACUCAAGUCGUUAACUACGUCUUGGACAAAGCAGAGGAACGCGGCUACCUCCUCCAAGCCCAAGCUUUCGAGAAUGCGCCUGGCAAGGAAGCCAAUGGUGGACAGAUGACCUACCGAGAUCACAUCAUCCGAGAACUUGUCGAUACCGAGCGAAAAUACGUCCAAGAUCUCGAGAACCUGCACGAUUUGAAGAAGACGCUCGAACAGCAAGGUGCAAUUCCUGGUGAUACUCUUCACCAAAUAUUCCUCAACAUCAAUGCCAUUCUCGACUUCCAGCGACGUUUCUUGAUCCGUGUGGAGACAACAAAUUCUAUGACCGACGCGAACCAACGUUGGGGGGCUCCAUUUGUCAUGUAUGAGGAUGCCUUCGAUAUUUACCAGCCAUUCAUCGCGAACCAGCGCAAGGCGGCCCAGGUUGCCAACCAGGUUUUUGACAAGAUUCAACGUUCCGCACAUCCUGUGGCAGCCGACUUCAACACCCUCGACGGUUUCUUGCUGAAGCCUAUGCAAAGACUGGUGAAAUAUCCUCUCUUGCUCAAGGAUUUGAACAAGAAGACUGAGGAUGAAGAAAUCAAGAUGGAUUUGCUCAGCGGUUGCGAGGCUGCUGAACGAGUACUGUCCAAGGCUAAUGAGGCUGUGAACCGUGAUCUUCUUGACGAGGUUCUGGAGGACCUGACCGGCCGUGUUGAGGACUGGAAGAGCCUCAAGGUGGAACAGUUUGGAAAGCUCCUCAUGCAUGGUGUGUAUGGUGUCAUCACCGGAAAGACUGAUCAGGAGAAGGAUUACGAAAUUUAUCUUUUCGAGUCCAUUCUUCUGUGCUGCAAAGAGAUCUCAUCCAGCAAGAGCAAGGACAAGAAGGACAAGCUGCGAUCAUCAGGCCCCAAGGCCCGAAACAAGAACGCCAAGCUCCAGUUGAAGGGCAGGAUCUUCAUGACUAACGUGACUGACAUUGUGUCUUUCUCUAAACCAGGCAACCACAGCGUACAGAUUUGGUGGAAGGGAGAUCCUGGCGUUGAGAACUUUGUCAUCAAGUUCCUAAACGAGGAGACUUUGAGGAAGUGGGUACAGACUCUGGAGACUCAGAGGAAGCAUAACGUGCCCCGUCAGUCUUCGAACUCGGACUCGCUUGCAACCGACUUUGCCUGGACCAGAGACCAAGCGCAAGGCCUCGAGAACCCUUACCUGCAGGAAGAUGACGACGAGGAAGACAUUGGCCCAGCGACAGCACCUGCCGGAUUUAGCACUGGUCACCAUCCUCUUGGUAUGGGCCUUCGAACAGCCUCGACUAGCAACCUUCGCGCACGAGCAGGAACCGGAGAAAGCUCUGCAUCACUUGCCGGCAUGGCCAGGGCACCUCCGCCUCGAUUUCCUCUUCCCAUGCCACCUGCUCAGCUCAGCGUCCAGACACAAGGAAACGGCGCCUCUUCCCCUGGUGCUUGGGCAGGCGACAGCUACUUCUCACCGGUUGCCGAGUCGCCAGCAUCAUCAAGGACGAGCGCUGCCAGCGGGAUGUUCUCAACGCCCCACUAUGGUCUACCCAAGAGUGCUACUCCUCAACCGAGCUGGGAGGACAACAACGGCAACAGAUACACUGCUCCCGCUAUGCCGCGUGCUCCCUCAAGAGACGGCCCCUCACCGAACCCUCACGGGCGAAACCCUCGAGGCCCUUCUCUUCCAGCAAUGGCUACCAACAGUCAGGCAGCAGCAGCGGCGGCCGCUGCUCAACAGAGAAACCGCUCAUACAGCACCCCUGACAUCGCUGUGCCAGGAAUGCCGCGCCAACGUCAGCCUAGCCAGGGAACUAUUCCAGCAGUGCCUGGAAUUCCCCAGCACUUGCAUCCUGGACACAAUCCUAACGCUUCUCGGGACCAAACAAGCUCACCUAGAAACGAGCAGCCAAACCGAGCUCAGACCAACAGUCCGGGCACCCAACGAGAGAGGAUGCACAAGCCUUCAGGAAGCGUGGGUGGCAGUAUGAACCAUUUCCCCGCACAGCCAGUGUACCCACGAUCACUCACACCAGGCUCUGGGAACAACGCUCUCCGCGUGGAUGCUGCUGCGGCAAACUCACGAACUGUAUCUCCGGCUCUUGGUACCGCAACAAUGCCACCACCGGUCAACCCAUUGAGUCCCGAGAUGCCUCUCCCGACCCAACUCAAGGUUCGGGUGAACUCCGACUCAGGAAACUACGUUACUUUGGUGGUGGCUUUCAACAUCACUUACCAGUCUCUGGUUGAUCGUAUUGAUGCCAAGCUCGCCCGUUUCACCACGAGCAGCAUCAGCAAAGGUGCUCUCAAGCUGCGAUAUCGCGAUGAAGACGGCGAUUUUGUUAACAUCGAAGGCGACGAUGAUAUCCAAAUCGCUUUCAUGGAGUGGCGCGAGGGUGUCAGGAACAUGUACUCUGGAGGUGUAGGAGAGAUAGAGCUCUUCUGCGUCGGUGAUACUUCCUAG